AUGGAUUCAAACAAAAAUCCUAGUCAGUCUCAAUCAUACUUUAGUCUUCUUAACUUCCCUUAUGAUAGAUUCUCUCCCACUGUAAACUUCUCCUCUUCUCAAACCCAAACCCCUCAAACCCAAACCCCUUUUCUUAGUUCACAACCGAGUUCCCAGCCGAGUCAACCUCCUAGUCAAGCAGAGGAGACACCAGAAGAGCGUAGAGAGAGAAGGAUAUGGUCCACACAAGAUGACUUAGUCCUAAUAAGUGGCUGGUUAAACACAUCGAAGGAUUCCAUUGUUGGCAAUGACCAAAGGGGUGGGUGCUUUUGGAAGCGUAUAGCCGAUUAUUAUGCAUCAAGUACUCAUGUACUUGAUGGUGCUGAGCCAAGAAACUUUGAGCAUUGUAGACAACGGUGGCAAAAGAUUUCUCGCGAAGUGACCAGGUUCUGUGGAACCUAUGCAGAUGCAAAGGGUGAGAAAGCUAGUGGGAUGAAUGAUUUGGACAUUCUGCAGAAUGCUCACCAAAUCUUCACUUUGCUGUAUAAGAAGAAGUUUGGUUUGGAGUAUGCGUGGAAUGUCCUGCGCUUUGAACAGAAAUGGUGCGACCACACCCCUAUGAACCCAACUCCGAAGACAACCAGCUAUAACAAGAGAAAAGCCGAUGAUGCAGCACCAUCUACAGAAUCUGUUGUUGGUGAGCAUGAGAGCAGGCCUCCUGGUAUAAAGGCCAUGAAAAGGUUAAGGAACAAAGGGAAAGACAAGGAUGCCCAAGCUUCGAACAUUAGUCAGAUAUGGGAGAUGAAACAGAAAGAUUUGGACGUGAAGAAAGAACUCCAAAAGAUGUCACUUCUUGAUACCCUCAUUGCCCGCAAUGACACUCUUGAUGAAGAUGAGAAAGAAACGAGUCUUGUAAUGAACCAGUUUGGUUUCUGGAUAUGUUUUAAUGAAUCAGUUGAAGAAGAAAUGGGACUUGACUCUAUCUACGACUAUGGAAUAAACAGCCCAUUAGACUAUAGUUCUGAAGACGAGGCUGAUAGCAGUUACUAUGCUCUGCAACUUGGUCUUGCUGAGGUUGGAUACACUGGCUGUGAAGAGGAGGCUCAAGCUGAACCUGAUUACGCAACACAACUGAUGCAGCUCAGGGAUCUGCAAAGCCUUGCAGAGCAGAGGGUGGUGCAAUGUACUGCAGCUAUUCGAUUAUUAGCAUAUGGGGGUGCGGCGGAUGGUGUUGACGAAUAUAUACGUAUUGGCGAAACAACGGCUCGUGCAUGUUUGGAACACUUCGUCGUCGGAAUAGUUGACUUGUUUGGCGAUGAAUACCUACGCCGACCCACAGAAGAUGAUCUGCGAAGGCUACUCUUUUAUGGAGAACGACGGGGUUUUCCCGGGAUGGUUGGCAGCAUCGACUGUAUGCACUGGAAAUGGAAAAAUUGUCCAACCGCUUGGAAAGGAAUGUAUUCACGAGGCACCGAGAAACCAACAAUUGUUUUGGAGGCGGUGGCUUCAGAAGAUCUAUGGAUAUGGCACGCAUUUUUUGGAGCGCCAGGUACUUGUAACGAUUUAAAUGUACUUGACCAAUCACCAGUAUUUAAAGACAUUAUUUACGGUCGAGCUCCCGAACUGAAGUACAAUGUCAACGGAAGGGAGUAUAAUUUGGCUUACUACCUGACGGAUGGCAUUUACCCCGAAUGGGCGACAUUUGUUAAAUCCAUCCCACGACCACAACACCCGAAACAUUGUUUGUUUGCAGAACAUCAAGAAGGUGCGCGAAAAGAUGUUGAGCGUGCAUUCGGAGUCCUCCAAUCUAGAUUCACGAUAAUUAAAAAUCCAUCUCUUUUAUGGUCCAAAGGUAAAAUAGCAUAUAUUAUGCGAGCAUGUCUCAUACUCCAUAAUAUGAUUGUUGAAGAUGAACGAGAUUCAUACACUCUCGAACAAGAAUUGGAACAAGAAAAUGGAACCGGAACUACUCCGGGUCGAUCGUUUUCAGUAAGUAUGGCUUCAAAUCUCGAGGGUCUUGGUGAUGGUCACACAAGAGUUCAUGAUAGACAAGCACAUCACCAAUUGAAAGAGGAUUUGAUUGAGAAUAUAUGGAAUAAAUUUGGAUAUUAA